GCCGGCGAGCCGCAGCACCUCGCGCUUCCCCAUCCCUUUUAGUUUUGAUGCGACACACUUUUUCUUUCCUGUCUUUUAUUUUGUGUUUGAAACAACGCGAACGGCUGGCUACCACAUCUUCAAAGGCCUCUGUACUACCGCGUUCGAAGAGCAUUUAUCCAGCUAGCCAGCCAGCCAGCCAGUACCGCGAUGGCGGAGGCGGAGGACCAAAAACUGAAGCAGCAGCAGCAGCAACAACAACAACAACAACAACAACAGCGGCCCGCAUCCAGCAACGACUCUCCGAUGGAGGCCUCCUGCAGGGAAGACGUGUUCGACCACACGUACGAGGAAAAGCAAGGCCCCAAGCCGCCGAGGAUCGUCGUGUGGAGGAACGUCAUCCUCAUGACCCUGUUGCACAUAGGUGCCGUGUACGGCGUGCUCCUCGUCCCCACCGCCUCGCUCCCCACGCUGCUCUGGUCCAUGCUUUGCUUUUUGAUAAGUGCUUUAGGAGUGACAGCAGGCGCUCACCGCCUGUGGAGUCACAGGUCCUACAAGGCCUCUCUACCUUUAAGGAUCUUCCUGGCUCUGGCCAACUCCAUGUCCUUUCAGAACGACAUCUACGAGUGGGCCCGCGACCACAGGGUCCACCACAAGUACUCUGAGACGGACGCGGACCCGCACAACGCCGUGCGCGGCUUCUUCUUCGCCCACAUCGGCUGGCUGCUGGUGCGCAAACACCCCGACGUGAUCGAGAAGGGAUGCAAGCUGGAGCUCCACGACCUGCUGGCCGACAAGGUGGUCAUGUUUCAGAGGAAGCACUAUAAGAUGUCUGUGCUGCUCUUUUGCUUCUUCGUGCCCAUGUUGGUGCCUUGGUACUUUUGGGGCGAGUCCCUGUGGGUUGCCUACUUCGUGCCGGCGCUGCUGCGCUACACGUUGGUGCUCAACGCCACCUGGCUCGUCAACAGCGCUGCGCAUAUGUGGGGAAACCGGCCGUACGACCAGACCAUCAACCCCCGAGAGAACAAGUUUGUCACAUUCAGCGCCAUAGGCGAAGGAUUCCACAACUACCACCACACAUUCCCGUACGACUACGCCACCAGCGAGUUCGGCUGCAAGUUCAACCUGACCACCUGCUUCAUCGACUUCAUGUGCUUCCUGGGCCUCGCCAAGGACCGCAAGCGAGUGUCCCAUGAGAUGGUGCUGGCGCGAGCACAGCGCACGGGUGACUGCAGCUACCGCAGUGGCUAAAAUAAAAAUGAGGGCCCAGACCUCGCCGAGCUUGAAACGGAAAAUAAAAACCUCCACGAGUCCUUUUUUUGACGUCGUUUCAUCUCUUCAUCCUCCAAGUGAAGUCUAAGUCGGCUUCACGGGGGGCCGUGACCACAUUUUUGCUUCUUUUUGUGGUUUUUCUUAGCUGUGACUAAAAUUUGUGAAGCAGAGUUUGAAAAAAACUAAACACGUUUUAGCUAAGCUCUCAGCCUUCUAACAUUCAGUUGGGCUUAGGUCUUUGGCGAAAGUGUUUUGGAUUUGAAGUGAAUUCAUUUGAAAAAAAAUCAUUCUUUGCUGUGUAUUCAAAGGUCGCUCAUGUAGCCACUUGUUUAUAUUAUACUAGUUAAUAAUCCCAUGAGAAAGGACGUUAGCGUCGUUUAGUUAAAAAAAAAACGAUAUCCCGAACAUUUGACCUGAUCGGUCGUCUCGUGACAACUAAACCAAAUGCAUAGAAAAUGGUUCCUUUUGUCGUGAAAAUGAACGAUAAAGCCGUUUAUCUAGUGCCAAUUUUUUUUUUCCAUUUAGUGCGCUUUGUGGACGUUUUUGGAUAUUCUUAUGGUGUCCGUGGCUUCGCUUCCUCUCGCGUGACAUUUUAUGCAACAUCUCCACCGGUCGAUGUAGCAGCCGGGUCGUGUGACCAUGCGCUCAUCCAUGCAUGAUGAGGAUGACGAUACACCGUUCAUGUCGUCGGCGAGCGACGUAAACCUCAACCCCCGUUCGAGUGUCGGGUUUUACAGAAUGCCUCUGCGAUCUUAUUUAUAUAUUUAUUGUUGCGUUCUUUUUGGUACCGGCUAAAAUAGCGUAGCUCCGAUCAGAACCGCUAGCCUUCGAAGCCUGUUUGAUAACUUCUAUCUGGAAUUGGAGCACCUGAGUUCGUUCCCCCCUAACCCUUCAAGAAGUCAGGAAACUACCAAAUGCCUUAUGACUUGCAUCCAUUCCUGAUGGUCAACCAUUCUGUCCCGACAAAUACUCAAUAAAUAAAAUGAAUCUGAGGUCCGUGUUUACCAAGGCAUAGUUGGUCUUGAAAUUAAACGUAGCACUUAACACUGGGGGGGGGGAAGCCAAGAUGUUUAUUAUAUCAAAUGCUUACGUACAAAAUUAAGCCCCACACCUUUCUCCCAACGAAUGUGCCAACUCGUUAGCGACGCUACACACCGUGAAAGCAGUUCCCUGAAUUAUCGUCGCUACUAAAGUGACAAGGAUCGCGAAAAGGUUGGAAGUCUUGAAUUGUUAUGUCAAACUGCUCAGUUCGGAAAUAAAAGUUCACAAUAUUUUCAA